AUGGAAGAACUUACUAAACAAAAUUUGACAAGAACGCACGUAAUUCACGAUAAGGAUACGUGGAUUAUUGAAAAAGUUUUGGAAUCUCUAAUCAAACAAAGCAAGCUCUGGAAAGAUGAUGAUUUGCUAGAUGCAAUGAUCAUGUCAUUUAUGGCAAAUAAUAAUUACGAAUUCGAGACUUUGUUCAAAAAAGUCGAUCAACGUCAAGAUAAAGAGAGAUACUGGAUUUUACUAGCUUAUCUCUAUGAACGGGGAUUAGGAAUCCAAUCCGAAAAAACGAAAGCAUUCCGGUGGUACCAUAAAGCCGCAAAAAUAAACGAUCCGAUAGCAAUGCAAAAAAUCGGAAUUUGCUAUGAUGAAAGUAUCGGCAUCAAAUAUGAUGCCAUUAAGGCUAGGUUCUGGUAUAAGAAAGCAGCGGAAGCUGGAAUGCUACGAUCACAAUUUGAGCUAGCAAAACACUACAUUUAUAGAAUGAACGAUAGUAAUAAAAGUCAUCAAAUCGAAGGUUUAUAUUGGCUUGAGAAGGUGGCUAAUGCAGGCGUGGCUUGCGGAAUGAAUUUACUCGCCAACACAUAUUAUAUCAUGAAAGAUUAUCAAAAAGCGUUUUAUUGGUACAAGAAAUCUUAUUAUGAGCAUGGUUCAAUUAGAGAGGAUUUGGCAAUUUGCUAUCGAAAAGGAUUCGGAACUUUAAAAGACACUCAUAAAGCGAUCAAUUGUUUCUUGCAACCGAUUCCAGUUAAUCCUCAAUAUCUUUUGGAUAUCUUCAACAAUAAAUAG